CGGGCUGUGGCUAUGGCAGGCUCUAGCGGCAGCCAGGGAGGCCUUGAGGCUUUGUCAGGAUGCGGCGAGGACUCUGGCUGGGUGGAGGCCAGGACGAGCUGUCCGCAUCUCGAUCGAGUUUGCAACGCGCCUCUCUUGCCUCGAUUUGAUGCGCCCUGUGCAAUCUGCGGUGAUCAUCGCGAGAAUUGGGUGUGCUUGAGCUGCCGAAAAGUCUUGUGUGGACGAUUCAUCAAUGGACAUAUGCUGUCACACUUCCAAGAGUUUGGUCAUCCAUCGGCUUUAAGCUACAGGGAUUUGUCCGUAUGGUGUUUCGCUUGCGAUAGUUACCUGGAUGCUCAAGUUAUCAGCGAGCUCCGGCCAGCGUUUGAUGCCGCGCACGCCAUGAAAUUUGGCACUCCAGCUCCACUUCGCUGUUAAACCUUCUUUAAAACUUCUACGCUCGUGCUUUCUCUUUCGCUGUUUGAUUCCUUGCCCAGGAGAUCUCGAAACAAACAAGUAUAAACUAAAAACUUUCCCAUGAAA